AUUUACCUAUUUUGGGAAAUUUAGAAUUCAAGGAUGUUACUUUUAGUUAUCCACAAAGACCUAAUAUUAUUGUACUUAAAAACUUAAAUCUCAGAAUUGAUGCAUGUAAUACUGUUGGCUUUGUGGGUUCUUCUGGAUGUGGCAAAUCAACAUUGUUUUAACUUUUAAUGAGAUUCUAUGAUGUUGAUUCUGGAGAUAUUUUAUUAGAUGGUAAAUCUAUAUAUGAUUUUGAUUUAAAGUAUUUAAGAUAACAUUUUGCAAUCGUUUAACAAGAACCAUAAUUAUUUAAUGAAACAAUUUCAUACAAUAUUCAAUAUAAUCUUAAAAACAUUACAUAAGAAGAUAUUGAGAAUGCAGUUAAAAUUUCACAUGCUUAUGAUUUUAUAAUGCAAGAAGAUUUUGGAGGCUUUCAAAAGAAGGUUGGUAGUAAAGGAAGUUUAAUUUCAGGUGGAUAAAAAUAAAGGAUUGCCAUUUCCAGAGCAGUUUUAAGAAAUUCAAGUGUAUUUUUAUUUGAUGAAGCUACAAGUGCAUUAGAUUCCAAUGUUGAAUCUAUGGUUUAAAAAUAAUUAGAAGAAUAUAUGAUUGGAAAAACAGCUAUUAUAAUAGCUCAUAGGAUAUCAACCAUUAAAGUAUACUUUUUGAAUUUUAUAUUAGAAUUGCAAAAUUAUUUAUGUUUUCGACAAAGGUUAGGUUAUUGAAUAAGGAGAUUAUAAUUAUCUUGUAAGUCAAAAAGGUCAUUUCUAUCAUCUCGAAUAAGGUCUUCUUAAUUAAGACUUAGAGUUGAGUUUCUAAUAAGAAGAUAUUAAUCAUGCAUGA